GAAUAUUAGCGAAAAUGUAAACAAAACAGACGAUAGUAUUUUUUAAGAAAUAACAAGAAUUGUAAGAAAUUAAGAAUCAGACAAGAAGAGAAAAUCAGUAAUAUACAUUGUAAAGAUAGAAGCAGAAGACAUUAUUACAUGUAAACCUUAUAAAUCAACUUUAAUAUAUAUACACGCAACAUUUAGUAAUGCCGGGCAAUGGAGAAAAUGUAAACAAACAGACGACACGAUUUUUUCGAUAAAUACUGCUAAUAUUGCAAAUAAAGAAAUUCAGACCACAGAAAAAUAAUGAACUGACACUGAAACAGUAGAAAUUACUGAUGCAUACUAUGUUUAACUCUAAUUAUGUCAUGAAAUAUCAUAAACGUACUUUGUCUUCAAUACAAUGUAAAUGCCGUCACCACGAAAAACAAACCUGAACAUAUGCGUGGUUUGUAAAAUACAAAAAGAGAAAAAAAUUGAAUGGAGAUUGAUAGACUCAAGUCAUGGACAAAAGAAAAGAAUUGCUCAACUUUUAUUAAAAUAUGGAGAAAUUGAUGUGGUUGACGGUGCCAUAUGCAGACCAUGUGAGCGAAAGUUGUCAAGUCUUGACAAUAGUGUCAGAGAAUUCAAAUUUAAAUGUAAUCAAAAUUUUCAUUUGAUAUCACCCAAACGUUGUUUUACAGAUGAAAAUACAAACCCUGCCAAAAAACUUAGUAACAAUGGAGAAAAUGUUGAAAAUCCUACACCUUCAUCACCCAAAUCAACACACAUGUCAACUUCCAGUAAUAUUUCAACACCACAAAAUUUUAACACUGUGAGAAAACAGCUCGGGGACAUAUCAAAUAUUACAUGCACGCCAAUCAGACCUAAGCAUCAUGAUACACUUAACGAUUCUGGGAUAUCACUGUCUACACCUGAAAUUGAAAUUGAAACAAAUAGUCUUGCUCUUAAUAGGAAAAACAAAUCAAAUAGUACAGUUACAUGUAGUAAAGAAUUAUUUAAGGAUACACCUAUAAAUGUUGAAUGUCAUGAUCACAUCUAUAGUGCUGUUAGUACACCCAGGAAGAGAUCAAAAAUUAAGACUACAAAAGAAACUUUACCCAAAGAAGAAGAGACAUUAGCAGUGAAAAGUUUGAAAAAAAUAAUAGUCAAACAACAACAAUAUGAUAAUUUAUCACCAGUAGAAUUAGCUGAAAUCGUGUCAGUUCUGCCGCUGGGAUCCAGAUCUGCACUUAUUCAAACUCUUUUAAAGUAUGAUUCCUUCAAACAUCUUAUAACUGAUGAACUGAUGAAAAUAUUAUCCAAUCAGCAUGAUAUUUUAAAAAACAGAAAAAGAGGCAAGCUUAGUGUAUUGAAUGGGAAAUCAUUUGAGGAUAUGAUAAAUUUUAAUUGGAGUCCAAUUGUAGAAGAACUAUGUGAUGAAUUCCCAGUUUUAUGUCGCACAAUAUUGAGUUUUAUGCUACCAGAUAACUUGACAGAAAAAACAAAGUCUGAUCGCAUUACAUCAAUGGUCCCGAGGAUAGGGUUUAUUUAUUCUUUGCUAGCACAGAGUCGCAACCAAGAAUUGAGCAAGGUUCAGCACAUGAUCAAUACAAUUUUGUUUGACAACUUGUGUGAUCAAAAGGUAUUUGAUCGUCUACAUUCAAUUGGGGCAUGCAUGAGUUAUGGACAUAGUCUUACCAUAUUAGACAAGUAUGGAGGUCACUUUAAUUCUGCAGUAAUAGAUGCCUUAAAAUCAGGAAAAAGAAUUAGACUUGUAGGGGAUAAUAUUAACUGGAUGACAAAUGUGCACGAUGAAAGAAAAGACAACCAUGCACAUAUGCAUCAUGCAUUUGGAUCUGCAUGCAUCAUUCAGAACACAUCAUUUGAUUUGCUUUCCAGCAUUAAGCCUCAGACUUUUGACGAGAAUCAGUAUCAUAUAACAGGUCCUAUAACGUAUUGA